AUGGAAUCGCAAUCAAAAAAAUCAUCCACUUUGCGCACGCUUUCUGGUAUCUGGAAUGGCACCAUUGGUUCAUCUACUGAUUCGAUUGCAGGUGUUGACCGAAAACAUAACCCUAAUAGAGGUGAUUUGACUACCCCGAAUGUCUCACCCCCGUCGCGAUCAAAUACAGAGGUUAAGUCAAGCCCUCCUCUUCAUGCGCCAAUUGCUCGAUCUAGUUCUUCUGUGGACGGUGGUAUUGGAAAACGAGUUUCAUCCAAAUUCGCUAAAUACCUUUCUCAAACAGAUGAUGCAUGGGGUCUCUCUAACGUGAUUUCUCCGAAGUCCGUCUGUAAAUCCUCUAGAUCGUCUACUCCCACAUCUUCAAGUCGAAUCGUUUUUCCUAAAGGAACGCAGGAGACUACGUUCUCGAGAACGAUGCCUUCACUUAGCAGAGUUUCCUCCCGUCAAUCUGCUCCACGUUCAGUUGAAGUGGAAGUUGCGGAGGCAAACGCCCAUAUUUCUCGAAUAAAAAAAUUUAUACGAAUUCUAGAUGCUCCCGUGGUUGAUCUUAAUGCUUUAAGGACUUUAGCAUGGAAUGGUAUACCCUCACAGUUAAGACCUAUCGUCUGGAAGUAUUUGUUAGGAUAUUUGCCGUGUAAUGCUUCUCGACGAGAUUCAACUUUACAGAGAAAAAGAGAUGAAUAUUUAAGUGCUAAAGAUGCCAAUUUUCAUAGUAGCUCUGAUCCGUCUGUUCUCGACCAGACCAUUUGGCGCCAAAUUGUCCUUGAUGUUCCUCGUACAAAUCCUUUUAUACCUCUUUAUCAAAAUCCUGUGACCCAAAGAAUUCUUGAACGCAUACUUUAUGUUUGGGCCUCACGACACCCGGCAAGCGGUUACGUCCAAGGUAUAAGUGAUCUUGUGACUCCAUUUUUCCAAGUCUUUCUUUCUGAAUAUACUGAUGAUAACGAACCUAUGACUUAUGACGUUUCUCUUCUUCAUGAAUCUAUCCUCAAUAAUAUAGAAGCCGACUCUUACUGGUGUCUUUCCAAAUUGUUAGAUGGAAUUCAAGACAAUUAUAUUCAUGCUCAACCGGGAAUUCAUCGACAAAUUAAUAAUCUUCGUGAACUCACGCUACGAAUAGAUGAGCCUCUUGUUGCGCAUCUCCAGGCGGAGGGUGUAGACUUUAUGCAAUUUAGUUUUCGGUGGAUGAAUUGUCUUUUAAUGCGCGAACUAAGCAUAAUAAACAUUAUUCGUAUGUGGGAUACAUAUCUGGCUGAGGGAACACAAGGAUUUUCUGAAUUCCAUCUGUAUGUUUGUGCUGCCUUUUUAGUCAAAUGGUCCACAGGGCUGCAACAAAUGGAAUUUCAAGAUAUAUUGAUGUUUUUACAAUCUAUCCCCACUGACAGCUGGACUGUCAGUGAUAUCGAAAUUUUACUCUCUGAAGCCUUUCUUUGGAAAUCACUAUAUAGUGGAGCAGGGGCUCAUUUGAGACGAUAA